CCAUUGCGAGCUCACGGCCUUCUCUUAUUCUCCAUUUGGGGUUACGUUAACGGCGUGAGAUUCACAUGGUCCUGUUCGCGUUUACGCCAAUGGCGUACUGACAAAGACGGCAAGACCUAUUGGGAAGGAAUAAAAAAAGAAAUCCCGUGCCGUCUUUCUCCAUAGUAUGAAGCUGUUUUACUUGGACGUUCCAGCUGGAAUUUAACGUUAGCCUGGGCGAGGAUUCGGCCCGGGGAGGUGUAUUGACUGAACGCUGAAGACGACUGCGGAAAGUGGACGUUUUUUUUUUCUCUCCAGCUCCGCUACGGCGAGUGAGCCGCCAUGGCAGUCGGAUCAUUGAGGCUCCAAAUCGGGAUAUGAAGAGCGACUGGAUGGGCCUCAAAACGCCGCAUUUAGCCUACAUGCUAACAUUAGCAUCUUUGUGACGGGAUUCUGACUGAUUUUUCUGCUUUUAAAACAAAAAGAGGAGGCCCAAUUCAUGAGUUUUUUUACUAGGUGUCUCAAAGGGCCCCUUGAGAGAGAAUUAUACACGAAUAAUGCAGUGAUUUGGACUUAAAAUAGGCUAGUUUGUUAGGUGUAAAGAGGCUGUGCAAUACAUUUGCUGUCAUCAUCCCUUAUUUUUUUUUUUUGGAUGAAAAGCGUUUAACGAGACUUGAGACCACGAAGCACUUUGGAUCAUGUCGGGUCGGCCCAGGACCACAUCCUUCGCGGAGAGCUGCAAGCCGCUGCCGCAGCCCUCGGCCUUCGGCAGCAUGAAAGUCAGCAGAGAUAAAGAUGGCAGCAAGGUAACAACAGUUGUGGCCACACCGGGUCAAGGACCAGACCGGCCACAGGAGGUGAGCUACACGGACACUAAGGUCAUCGGCAACGGCUCGUUCGGCGUUGUCUACCAAGCCAAACUUUGUGACUCCGGAGAGCUGGUGGCCAUCAAGAAGGUGCUGCAGGACAAGAGGUUUAAGAACCGUGAGCUGCAGAUCAUGAGGAAGUUGGACCACUGCAACAUAGUCCGCCUCCGCUAUUUCUUCUAUUCCAGUGGAGAUAAGAAAGACGAAGUAUACCUGAAUCUUGUUCUCGACUAUGUUCCUGAGACGGUCUACAGAGUAGCCAGACACUACAGCCGAGCCAAGCAGACCCUGCCCAUGGUUUAUGUCAAGUUGUACAUGUACCAGCUAUUCAGGAGUCUGGCCUACAUCCAUUCAUUUGGGAUCUGCCAUCGGGACAUCAAGCCUCAGAAUUUGCUGCUGGAUCCAGAGACGGCUGUGCUCAAAUUGUGUGACUUUGGCAGUGCCAAGCAGCUUGUCCGCGGAGAGCCAAACGUGUCCUACAUCUGCUCCCGCUACUAUCGAGCUCCUGAGCUCAUCUUUGGGGCCACGGACUACACCUCCAGCAUAGAUGUGUGGUCAGCCGGCUGCGUGCUAGCAGAGCUGUUGCUAGGACAACCAAUCUUCCCUGGCGACAGUGGAGUGGAUCAGUUGGUUGAGAUUAUCAAGGUUCUCGGCACCCCAACCCGGGAGCAGAUCCGUGAGAUGAACCCCAACUACACCGAGUUCAAAUUCCCCCAGAUUAAGGCGCAUCCAUGGACUAAGGUGAGUCAACAGACGUCUGUGUGUCCGGUGGGUGUGCAGGUGUUCCGGCCGCGUACGCCCCCUGAGGCCAUCGCCCUCUGCUCUCGCCUGCUGGAGUACACGCCCACCGCGCGCCUCACGCCCCUGGAAGCCUGCGCGCACUCUUUCUUUGACGAGCUGCGCGACCCCAACGUCAAACUGCCCAACGGGCGGGAGAAGCCCUCCCUUUUCAAUUUCACCACCCAAGAGCUAUCCAGUAAUCCGUCUUUGGCCUCCAUACUCAUCCCUGCCCAUGCUCGCAAUCAGGCCGCCGCUUCCACCCCAACCAAUGCCUCUGCUACCACAGACGGUAGCGGCACAGAGCGAGUCCCCAGCACCACCACAGCCUCAGCUUCCGCCUCCAACGCCACUUCCUGAGCGCCGCAGACCACCGCCAACCUCCGAGUCCCCCCCCCCCCUUCCCCAUUGUUGUCCCAGCCCAGGUGCGGGGUAAGGUAAGGCGGGGCGAGCUCAAAACCCGACCUGCUCUCCCAAAACCAGCGCCGACACCCCCUUCGAACUGCGCCUGCCAUCCAGCUCUUUACGAGUGGUCUCCACAGGGGGGGGGGGGGACGGGUACGCAGGCGUGUGAAGAUACGAAUAUACCCUUCUCACGUUGCUCGUCUGCUAAUCUUUUUCUUGCUUGCCGCUAUGAAACCACUGAAAGAAGAAGUGAGCCCGACCCCACCCGCCGCCCAUUUUUACAGCACCCUGAACCCCCUAAUUAUUACUAUAAAUAUAAUUAUUAUUAGUUUUCUCCUGUAUAGUGCAUGACCUGAGAAUGGUUAGGGUCAACUGAGGGGGGGGGGGGGCGGUCUUCCACUCACCUUUGACCUCAAGGCAUGGGGCCUGUAUACACACACACACACACACACACACAAACACACACACACACACACACACACACACACACACACACAGAUGCAUGAUGUAUGUGCAAAAGGGUUUAUCUUAUUUUUUUUUUUGCCACCAGGGGUUGUUUUUAAAAAAGUGCUUUGCAAGCCAUUUUACUCAACUUUGUUUUGUUUUUUUUUUUAAAAAGGAAAAAAAAAAAAAAGUUCUCCCCCUGGGCGUUUUUGUUGUCGUUUAUCCGUGUGCUUGUAUAAUAUAUACAUACCGCAUUACAUCCACAGUUUAUAAAUGACUUUUCCUUCUGUAUAAAAGGUAUAUAUAGAUAUAUGUAUAUUAACUACCGCCGUUCACAAGUCAUUUAUUGGUGAGUUCAUAUCCAUCAAGAGCCGCGGCAAUAUUUGCCGCUGCCUUUAAAAGGCAAUAGAAUUAGACAACGUGAUGUUUUUUUGUUUUUUUUUAAGUUGUUUUGUUUGCUGGAAUGUGCUGAAAUUCCAGCACUCCUCGUCGUCUUUACGGUGUCCGAUGUGGGGGGCGCUCUUUCCAUCGAACACUUUGAACCACUAAGUUGUUCGGUACGGUCCUAUCCACGGACAAUUCUCACGACUACAACAGCAAAAAAAAAAAAAAAAAAAAAAAAUGGGGAUAAAAAAACUGAAUAUGUAUAUACAGUAUAUAUGCGCCUCACCAAAUUGUUUUUUCUUUUUUUGGUAUGUGUUCAAGGUAUGUACAUAUGCAGACCCAUGUACUGUUUAUGAGCAAAGAGGGAGGGGAGGAAAAAACAAACAAAAUAAACCGAAUCUGGUUGUUGAUGGAUAUUGUAGAUGCUGACGAGCGUUAUCCAGCCAUAUGUUCAAUUUUACCUGUACAGAGCAGUAGAGGGCGGCUGUAAGAUUAUUGUAAGCAGAACUAGUCAUGUAUAGUGUAACUAUAGUUUGGAGUGCCUUUGCUUUCAUACACCUUCGCCUUGUUUCCCCUAAAAGACUCUCCUUUUGGUGCUGUUGAAUGACACCCCUCACCCCUCACCCCCAUCGCCUCUUUUGUCCUUGCACAGGUUCAUUGUAAUAUAAUAUACAGAUAGUUCACUGACUGUUAAUGGUGACUGAACUGUUUAUUUCAACAAAUGCGCUCCUAUAUUGUCUUGGCCGCAGUGCUCACCAGGACCUCUAGGGGGGGUCAGUUGGUUGGCAGACUUGAGUAUACAUGACGUGACGUCAUGCUGUGUGCUGUACUACCAGGGAGUGUUAAGGGCAGCUGGUCACAAACGAAUGAUAUUGUGUAUUUAAGUCAUAGGAGUCAAAGGAAUUUGGGCGGGGAAAAAAUCCAGAAAAAAAUGUAUUUAAUUAAAAAUAAUUGAGAAUGAUAUAAAAUUUUAAAAAAAAAUUAUACAAUGACAGCUCAAUCAUAACUAUAAAAAAAUAUUAAAUUUUUUUAGUUAAUUUUUAAACUACCAUAAAAAAAUGCUUCUGGAAUAGUAUCACUUUUUCCCCCUAGUUAAAACAAGGUUAUUUGUUUUAUAAAUGAUUGACGUUCUACCCACAAUUGAGAAUGAUAUAAAAAAUAUUUAAAGUUUAGUAGUACAGUAUUACCAAUUAACAUAACACGAUGAAGACUUAAAAAAAUGGAUACAAUGACAGCUCAAUCAUAACUAUAAAAAAAUAAUAUUACAACCUUUUUGUAAUUAAUUAAAACCUGACGUUCUCCUCACGAUUUCUUUUUAAAGUACCAUAAAAAUGCUUAUGAAAUAGAAUAGUCACUUAACUAUAGUUAAAACCAGGUUAUUUUUUUUAUAAAUUAUUGACCUUCUACCCACAAGAGUGAGUGAGCAUCACGACCUUAUUUACGAUCUACUUCUCUGACUGUUGGGCUACUUUUCCUCCGAACUUGAGCCUUUAUUCUCACAACAAUUUUCGAUGUUACGUAGCGCCUCUUAAUACUCCUUGGUCAAUGUGUCAGUGUUGCUUCUUAAAAGGUGACGAUGUAUACACACCGUCGCCGAGUGGGGACAUCUUUUGCUUUAUAUGUCCGCCAUCCUGGAGGGGGCGGUGGCAUUUUUUUUGUCAAGAAUUCAGUAGCACCUAAAGGGGUGGAGUCAAGUGACCUCUCCUGCUUGCUGUAAUUUUGGCAUCCACGAACAUGUUGCAACCCUUACCUUACCUUACCUCCCACCUACACUUCAAUAAAAUCACCAAAAAGGUUGCCAAAAAAAAGGAGAAAAAAAAGACAUGCAAGUGGAGAUGCUAGUGUUUUAUGUUAGCCUAGCACAACGUGCUAACCGGGGUUCCAGAAAAAUCUUUGAAGAAAAAAACAAAACAAAAAACAUCCCGUAUAACAGUACUACUUGAAUGACUCUGUUUGUGACUGAAAUCUUUAUUUUGUUUUUUGUUUGUUUUUUUUCUUCUGUUCUGUGAAGGUAUGCUAAAUGUGCGCCUCUGUAAAUAUUCCCUCUGCGUGCUCUGAGGAAUAGUUCCCUGGUACUGUAAUUUGCAUUAAAUAAAGAGUAGGAUAGCCUGGAAAUGA